CAACUAAACUAUCCGUGGUGCCUAAAUAAACCGGUGUGGUUAACUACCUACCGACACCGUCCAAUCAAUAUUCUCAAUUAAUUUCCUCCGGCCGUCGCCUCCUCCCAUCCUCGCCAUCACAAUCCUCCUUUCACAUCAAUCCCACCCACUCCUCCCUUCAACUCAAGUUUAUUCUCUAAAUCAGUAGCCUGUAGACCCCACUUUCUAUCUCUCUAUAUAUCUUAUCCCUUUUCUCCGUCAAACCCGCCUUUCUGUCUUUUAAUUUUCUUUCAUUUGCCAAACUUUCCCCUUUUUUUCGAAGACAUUAAUCGAAUCGGAAACUAGACAAGAAAUUCUCACAAAUCUGAUUUUGAUCCUGUGCUACUGUUUACUCCCUACUUGAAAUGCUACAAGAAUUUGGCUGAAUUGAAGAAAGAAAUAGUUAGAAGAGUGUAGAGAUGGUGGUGAGGAAAGUUGGCAAGUAUGAGGUUGGGAGGACGAUCGGUGAAGGAACCUUCGCGAAGGUCAAGUUUGCUCAGAAUACAGAGACUGGUGAAAGUGUUGCUAUGAAACUCCUCGAUCGAGCUACCAUAAUCAAGCACAAGAUGGUCGACCAGAUCAAGAGAGAGAUAUCAAUCAUGAAGCUGGUUAGACAUCCCAAUGUUGUUCGGCUGCAUGAGGUGCUAGCAAGCCGCACAAAAAUAUACAUAAUUUUGGAAUUUAUCACAGGGGGUGAGCUAUUUGAUAAAAUUGUCCACCAUGGACGCCUCAGUGAAGCAGAAUCUAGAAGAUUCUUUCAGCAGCUGAUUGAUGGUGUAGAGUAUUGCCAUAGUAAAGGAGUAUAUCACAGAGAUCUGAAGCCUGAAAAUCUUUUGUUAGAUUCCCAAGGAAAUUUAAAGAUUUCAGAUUUUGGACUCAGUGCAUUGCCUGCAGAGGGUGUCAGUAUCCUUCGAACAACCUGUGGAACUCCCAACUAUGUUGCACCAGAGGUACUGAGUCACAAAGGUUACAAUGGUGCUUUGGCUGAUGUAUGGUCAUGUGGGGUCAUCCUAUAUGUACUGAUGGCUGGAUACCUCCCAUUUGAUGAAAUGGAUCUCACCACGUUGUAUAAUAAGAUCGAUAAAGCUGAAUUUUCAUGCCCGUCAUUUUUCCCAGUAGGGGCAAAAUCGUUAAUUCAUCGAAUUUUAGAUCCAAAUCCUGACACUCGUAUUGGUAUUGAAGAAAUAAGGAAUGAUGAAUGGUUCAAAAAGAAUUAUGUCCCUGCUAGAGUUGUUGAGUAUGAAGAUGUUAAUCUGGAUGAUGUAAAUGCUGUUUUUGAUGACUCUGAGGAAGAGGGAGGUGGUGAUGAGCAACAAACAGAUGAAGAUGCAUGUCCUCUGUCUCUUAAUGCAUUUGAUAUGAUAAUCCUGUCUCAGGGCUUAAACCUGUCUUCCAUGUUUGACCGUGGUCAGGACCCUGUGACGCACAUAACUCGGUUUGUUUCUCAAAAACCCGCAAAGAUUGUGUUAUCAAGUAUGGAAGUUGUUGCUCAGUCGAUGAGCUUCAAGACACACAUUCGAAAUUACAAGAUGAGAGUAGAAGGGCUUUCUGCUAAUAAGAAGUCCCAUUUUUCUGUUAUCUUGGAAGUUUUUCAAGUGACCUCCAAUUUUGUGAUGGUUGACAUUCAGAAAGCAGCAGGAGAUGGUGCUGAAUACCUUAAGUUUUACAAGAAUUUCUGUAACAAUCUUGAAGAUAUUAUCUGGAAACCACCUAACGAACAACAACAACAACAACAUGGGAAAUCCAAGAUCACCAAAACAAAGAGCAAACGCCGUUAGAUCCGUUGGUAACUAGGAGAGGCCAGGCCAACACUGUUGUAGUUAAACCCAUCUCUUUCUAUCUCCAAAAGAAUGUAAAAGAUCAAUUUGUGGUUGAUAUACAUUUGUUGUAGACUUUGGUAUUUUUUUCUUUUUACCUAGAGCGUGGUAAUGAAUGAGAGAUAGAAUACAAUACAUGGUAUGACUAUGGUAUUGUAUUCUUUUGUUUGAGAAAUAAAGAAAUAAUACCAAGUGAAGUAGCUAGGUAAUGCAUUUUGUUUUGUUUUGUAUAACUACGACCUAGUUUUGGCUUAUUCACUCUUUCUUUUUCUACUCCAAA